AUGGUUGGAGCUGAAACUCGUUUUUCUGGCACACCACAAAAAUAUUAUGACGACGAGAAUCCAAAAACAUUAAAAAAGCUUCAUGUCCACACUAAAAAAAAUUCGACAAACACGCAAAGUAAGUUUCUCUUCGGUGUUUCUCAUUCUAAUGUUAAUUGGAUUAAAUUCAAUAGUAGGUUCACUGCUUUCAAACACACAAGUAACAUUCAUCAUUGUUUUCGGCUUUGUGAAGGUCAUUUGCUGAACAUCAUCGCUGUGUUGUUAAAAAUGAGACUUCUGGGCGAAUCAAGGAAAACAACAACAAAACAUACAAUGAAUUGGCAGUGA